AUGAGUAAUGAAGAAGUAAUAUAUUAUGGUGGGAGCCUACAAGCUAACCAAAAGAAAUUACAGCAUGUCUAUGAUGUAAUGUCACUUACUCUAGGUGUCGGUUCCGGAAUAUUGAUGCUUGAAACUUUACAAGGCUUCUUAUUUUAUUUGGUAGGAAUUAGCAUAACUAAUGUUGCAUUUUAUAUGAUGUGCUGUGAGAAGUCAGCAAGUAGGUUUUUCAGAAGCCCAUUUCAAGAAAUAUUCAUUAAUGGUAUCGUAUCAAACGCUGCUGGGUAUGUGAUGAUGUGGUGUUUAGUUUAUGCUUUGGUGAAAUGA